AUAACUACCAUACCUUUGGACAAGAAUGCCUGAGCUAUAAUUAAAGGUGGGAGUUGUAUCUGAAUAGUUUUAAAUCAGAAAGCAACUGGGCCUUGCACGUACUUCGGGGGUUAGAUCGCUACAAUAACUUCUUCAUGCAUUUUGAUGACCCUCUUUGGGCGCGAUGGAUCUCCGUACUAAUAAAAGAAAGCUGGAUAAAUCUGGAUCUCCUAGACAUAUAUUUGACGAUGGCAUCGCAGCAAAACGCCCCCGCAUCACUCUUCCUCCGGCGCCAAGACUUCGAUCACUCCCAUACAACACGCCACCUGUAGCACCCCUUCGUUCAGAAGCUCAUCGAAGAGAGGUCGCCCCUCAAACUCAACCAUCAUUUCAUCCAAGACAUGGUCAGGCCGUUACAUCUCCAAAUGACAUUGAAGACCAACGCCAGGUGUUAGUCAGCGACCACGCCCAACGUCCAGCGCGAAGUCACCUCGUGCAAUCGCAUCACAUCCUCCAACGCAAUCAUCUUCAGCAACAACAACAUCAUCAUCAUCAUCUGCUUCCGCAACAACACAGCUUGGUAUCACUUUUGCGCGAACCAGUCGUGACGACAUCGCCGGCAUUCGAGCGACUUGGCAUCGGACCGCGAGCCGUGACAGGUAACGAAGCGGGUUCGGCUUCGGGGAUGCCGCAGACGAGAGCUAGUCCAGUUUGUGAUAGUUGUACGGACGGAGCAGGGUGUUGGAAGGAGAUGACGGGGAUCGGUUGUAAGCUAGAGACUAAAGAACUCUGGGAUCGUUUUCAUGAACUCGGGACCGAGAUGAUUAUCACUAAAUCUGGCAGACGCAUGUUCCCGACGCUGCGGGUUUCCUUUGCUGGGCUUCACCCGAUGUCAUCCUACUCAGUGUACAUCGACGUCGUGCCCCUAGACAACAAGCGAUAUCGCUACGCCUACCAUCGGUCAUCAUGGCUGGUAGCGGGCAAGGCCGAUCCGUCGUUGCCACCGAGGUUGAGCCGCCAUCCCGAUUCACCGUUCACCGGAGAACAGUUGCUCAAACAGCUUCUCUCAUUGGAGAAGAUCAAGUUGACCAACAAUGAACUGGAUAAAAGUGGACACGUGAUCCUGAAUUCGAUGCACCGCUACCAGCCUCGAAUCCACAUCGUCAAAAACGUGACCAUUGUCGACAACGAAGACGACCACCAUGAGGACAACGACAAGCGCCACGAUGUCGCUGGUGAUGACAUGGAUGAAGUGAUGAAUGCUUGUCGGUGGAGACCACAACACGUCCGCACAUUUGUCUUUUCUGAGACCUCAUUCACAGCUGUCACGGCCUAUCAAAAUCAGUUGAUUACUAGAUUGAAAAUUGACAGCAAUCCGUUUGCCAAAGGGUUCCGAGAUUCUUCUAGGCUUUCCGAAUAUGAGAGGGAAAAGGUGGACAUAUUGAUGAAAGGCCAUACCUACGCCCGCAAUCCAACAAGUUCACCAAGAGAGGUUGUACUCGGCUCGAUGAUGACCGGAGGUGAUCCGCAGCCUUUCCCAUUCUCAUUAGGAGCAUUGAGAGAGGAUUCUCCGUUCAAUCUCCCUGUCCAUUUAGGCUCUCCAGCGCACCCUCACAUCUCCUUUGCGCUACAGAGACAGCCGAUUCAGAGAAAAACUACAAUUUCUGCUUAUGGUGAUCACCUCUUCCCGCCUUCAGCAAUGUAUUAUGACCCCUUCCGCGAACAUCUUCCGCUUCCGGGUGAGAGGUCGAGUGUUCCUCAGGUUAUCCGUCAUAGUGCCAGUCGGGAUGAAGAUGUCGUCCCUCACGCUUUCUUUCAACCUACGGUAAUUGACAGUGGUAAAGAUAGCGAGUGGAAUCUAGGUGACACUUCGCACGUCCAGAAGAUUGUUCCUCACAUGCCCCAACAGUUUCACAAACUUCUUCCCAGAGGUCCGUUCGCGGCUGCCAUAGACAUGAUGGAGUACCGACGCGUGGUACGACAUCCUGUUAUCUGAUU